CUCCCAAACAUUAUGGAGCUCACUGUAUGACACGUCUUGCUUGAAGGACCUUCCCCAGCUGGUGAGUGAGUUUUUCUCCCUGCUGGAGCUGGUGCCGGAGGACAGUCCGGUUCUGAUGGUCCUGGAUGGUUUGGACGAGCUGUCCGAGGAGCACGGCUCUGACCUGUCCUGGCUCCUCCGGCCCUUCCCCCCCCACGUGCGCCUCCUCCUGUCUGCCUCCUCCGACUCCGCCUGCGCAAAGAUGCUUGAGAAGUCCCUGAAGCCCUGCGUGGUUCCCCUGCCCCCCCUCAGCCCGGAGGACAUCACAGAGGCGUUGGAGCGGCGGUUGGAGCAGGACGGGCGCAGACUGCAGGACUGGCAGUGGCAGAUCCUUCGCCAGGCGUGCGUGUCCUGCCCCUCCCCUCUCUACAUGGACACGGCCUACGCCGAAUCCAGGCUGUGGCGCUCCUUCGUCCCCCGCGACGGCCUGGCCCUCCCCGCCGACCUGCCCCAGCUGUACCGCCACGUCCUGUCCCGCCUGGAGGGGGCGCACGGCGACCGGCUGGUGAGGAGGGCCGCCUCGCUCAUAUCGCUGUCCCGAAACGGGAUCACAGAGGAGGAGCUCCUCGGCCUGCUGCCCCGGGACGGCCAAGUGAUGAGGGAGGUGGAGCUCACCCACCGCCCCUCUGUGCCGCCCAAAGUGCCCUACGCCCUCUGGGCGGGCCUGAGGAGGGACCUGGGGGAGCUCCUGACGGAGGUGGAGACGGACGACACGCUGGUCUACCGCUGGAGUCAUUCGGUUCUGACGCAGGUGUGCAAGCAGAGGUACAUGAAGACACCUGAGGCCCAGACCUCCGUCCACAGGGACUUUGCCAGCUACUUCCUGUCUGGUCCGGACGAGAUGGACGGCCACGUUUUCCAGCCCUUGGCGUGGACUCUGGAGACGGACUCCGCGAGGAGCCGCGUCUUCAACCUCCGCAAGCUUCACGGCCUGCCGUUCCACCUGAUCCGGUCCGGCCAGGCCGCCCCGCUUCUCUCCGAGUGCCUGUUCAACUACGAGUUCCUGCUCCACAAAGUCUGGGGCCUGUCCGUCCUGUUCGUCGAAGAGGAUCUGAAGGCGGGCAUAAUCGUCGAAAAGGAGCUUCUGGAUGUGACGGUCCUGCGGCAGGCCCUGCAGCUGUCCAGGAACAUCCUUCUGAGGGACCCCUGUCAGCUGGCGGCCCAGCUGUCGGGACGCCUGUACCGGAUUAUCGACGAAGACCGACCGGUGGCUCCAGGUGACCCUCGAAAGUUCUCCCACCUGCACACCCUCCUCGCGCAGUGCAGAUCUUCCUCCUUCCCUGUACUUGUGCCCUCCUUCAGCUGCAUGAUGCCCCCUGGAGGCCUGCAGUACUCACUGCUAGCAGGUCACCUGGAUGGCGUGACGGCCCUCGCCGGGGGACAGAAGGGCACGGUGGCGGUGUCCUGCUCGCGCGACGGGACGCUGAAUCUGUGGAACCUGGAGCUGGGCUGCACAGUGAGGACCCUGCAUGGGGUCGGAGGUCACGUGGACUCCGUCACCCUGUGCAUGGAUGAUGCCGCGGUGGCACUGACCAUGAAGCAGACCCUCCUGGUGCUGGAGGUGGCCUCGGGGAGGGUGCUCUACACGGAGAGCGACUCCCUGGACGUCCCGGUGGUCACCACCACGUCUGGUGGACGGCUUCUGGUGGCCUUCUACGAUGGGAGCCACUUAGUGAAAGUGUUUGACCUGGCGGACUCCUGCAGAGAGCUCUGUCGUGUAACCAUAGCAAUGGAGUGUGACCCCAUCCACAAGGACCACACCAUCCUGGUGUCCCGCGGCUCCUUCAAAGACUACGUCCUGUUUGCCUACAGGAGUGGGGCGGAAGCAGCAGUGCUCAGUGCUGCAAAAGGGGAGUUGCUGUCCACCAUGGCAACCCACCACGGUGCCGCCUCUGUGCAGGGGGUGGAGCUAACCGCUGAGUACCUCCUUCUGUUCUGCAGGUACCCCUACAAGAGACACGAUAAUAUAAUCCACAUCGAACUCUUCGGCAUGCAGAACUUCCAGUACUUGCGGUCCAUCUAUGGAUGCAGCCAGGACUACAUUUCCCAGCUGGCCGUCAACAGGGCCGGCACACACGUGGUGGCCUUCAGCCAAUCAUGGGACACUGCCACCACAGAGAUCAUCGCCUGGAACAUAGAAACGGAGGACCACAAGCACCUGGCCAGGUGUUCUGGCCUGGUGAAAGGAGGUUGUUGUUCUGACAUGCGGUUCUGCCUCGGGAUUUGCAAUGGCGAACCCUACCUCAGAAUGUGGAACCUGGCUUUGGGAAUCAACGACCAGUCCCUCACCUACAACGUGCACAAAGUGAAGAGCGAUGGCAUCGCAGAGGUGAUACCCAUGAGCAAAUACCCCAGGUACGUGGUGUGCCGGAGCUUGCGCCCCGGGACGGUCCGCGUGUGGAACGUCGCGAGGUCGGGGUACAGGGGCAGGCCGGUGAGGGUGGAGCACGGUCUCUAUGACAGCGCGGACGUGGUGCUGGCCCGGGACAUGAAGCUGUACAUCCUGACCGACCGCGGCACCGCCAGCUUCACCGAACCGCCGAUGCCCAUCUUCCAGACGCUGCUGAUCUAUGACCUGCUGAAGAAGAGCUACAUAAAGAGGCAGUCGGGGCUGUACGUGAUUCCCUGUCCUCAGCAGGAGUACCGGCUCCUGCAGGGAGAGCUGCUCCUGGGCCUGUCUGAGACGCGGGAUCACUUGAUCCUCUGGGACCUGGAGUCGGGCCACAUCAAAGGCAGACUGAAAGUAACUCACAGAGAGUCCUUUCUGUCCGGCUCAUUUUUGGACAAAAAUUCCCAAGAAAUCCCACUCAGGGAGUCUACAGCGCUGGUGAUGCCCUGGGACAGGCGCACGGAGACCCACUCCGCCAAGAGGAGGCGGCGGGAGAGGAGGGCGCAGCGGGAGAGGGAGACCCAGCGGCGGCUGGACCGGGAGAAGCACAACGCCGUGGACCAGUACCUGCUCAGCGGGGACGAGCAGGUGGUCGUGUGCUCCUACUUCGCGCACCACCUGGUGGUCUUCGGCGUGAGCUCCCAGGCGCACCUCCACACGCUGGAGGACCGCGACUCCAUGCUCUUCCUCCACGCCGCCGCCGUCACCCACUCCGGCGGCCACCUGGUCCUCUCCAACUACAACGACGCGGAGAAGGCCAGCUACGUCACGCUCUGGGACUUACACAAGGGGAAGGUCAGGAAGAGACUGAAAAACGAGCCGGGGGUUUGCUGUGUGGCAAUCAGCAGCUCUGCCAGUAGAAUUGCCUUUGGCGUCACGGGAGUCAACAGACUUAAAGUAUGGGACCCCUUCAGGAGAGGACACAAAACCAUCCCUGGGUACGAGAGCCUCACUGUGGGUGUGAGCAGUCAACUGUUCCUUACUGAAGAAGGAGCUAAAGCCGUUCUGCUCGCAGGUGAGGCCAGCGUCUGGGACCUGGAUGGUGGCACCGUCCUCUCGGUCUUCAGGCCCGACAGCCGGAUCCAGUGCCUGUCAGUCCUGGGGGAGGACAGCACCCUCCUGCUGGGCCUGAGCGACAGCCCCACCCUGGUGACCCUGAGGCUGACGUCCCGGGGGGGCGGCCCCAGGACCCCCGCCUCGGGGGAGGACCUGUUCGGAGAGCAGUCCAGCAGCAGCGAAGACGAGGGAGAGGUCGACAGGUCGGCGCAGACGGCAAACCGCUGAGGCUGUGUGCAGUGGGCCCUUUGAGGAUGACAUAAUCCCCAAAAAGACUCCCACGGUCAACCAGUACUCACCAGGGGGCGAUGGGCAUCCGCAGUGUCUGUCCAGCCAAUCACCAACUGAACAUUUAUCAUUCAUAACAGGGGUGUCCAAUCUUAUCUGAAAAGUGCCACU